UGCCAGGUCCUUGCGUGCUAUAAACUUUUGUGAUAACCACCUGGGGCCAAGUUUUGCCGCCGGAAUUUUCGAUACUCUUCUUGGUGCUUUGUCUUGCAUAACAAGCCUUGAUCUAUCUGAUAACAAUAUUGCAGGAUGGUUGUCUAAUUUUAACCAGAGAUACUCAAGCAGUUUCUCAUCUUUAGUGAAAAGUGAAUUCUUACAAUCGCUGCAUGUGCUCAAUAUAAGGGGAAACAAUUUACUCAAGGAUGAUGCUGGUGAUCUUAAACAUGCAUUGGUUCAUAUGCCUAACUUGGAGAGUCUGGAUAUAAGUGACAAUCCCAUUGAGGAUGAUGGAAUUAGGAAUUUAAUUCCCUAUUUCACGGAGGCUUCUGAAAGGGGUUCUUCUUUAGUUGAUCUGAAGAUAGAAAACUGCAGCCUAUCCUGCAACGGAGUGACUCAACUUUUGAGAAGCCUCUCAACCUUGAAGCCAUUGAGAACUCUCUCCAUUUCAGAUAAUGAGCUGGGAAGUCAAGUAGCAGCAGAACUGGCAAAAUUUUUGGGCACAUCUCAUGUAAGAGAACUCAAUAUUGAAGAUAUUGCACUAGGUCCAUCUGGCUUCCUAGAACUACAAAAAGAAAUACCAGAAGAAAUCAAACUUGGUUACAUAAACAUAAGCAAGAAUCGUGGUGGAAUUGAAGCUGCAAAUUUCAUCUCAAAGCUCAUUUUGCGGUCUCCAGAACUUGUUGCAGUCAAUGCUGGAUAUAAUUUUAUUCCUGCUGAGUCAUUAGCACUUAUAGGAUCUGCGUUGAGAGCUUCCAGAGGUAAAAUUGAGCUGCUUGACCUAACAGGAAAUACUCGGUGUUGUCAACCGCAUACCAGUUCCAUGCUUGCUGAGUUUCAAGUUCAUGGAAGACCUAUUGUACUUCUCCCAUCAUUCCCUGCCUCAACUGCACCUUAUGAUGAUGAUCCAUAAGAGUAGUUCUGUCAAAUAUGUAUUUGCAAAAGACGUCCAUAAAUUGGAGAAUCUUUUCCAAACAAAGCUUUGGAUCAAGUAUGCAGUUAGUAGUCUACCUACAGGCUACAGCCAUAGUUCCAACUUCCAAGACUUUGUUAGGGAUUGAAGAUACCAGUUCCUAAGAAGCUGGAAAGUUGUAAGUUUUGAUUAUGUAUUUAUAUGAUUGCUUCUUUAAUUGCUUAUAUUCCAUUAAUUUUAGUUGUUUAACAUAAAUUUUUUUAAGUGGGCCAUGUUGGGCUAUGGGCCC